CAAUUCGUUCUUUUUUUUUUUCACCCCUUCUUUUUCCUUUUAACUUUUUUUUUAAAAAAAAACAUUACAAAUGACAGCCUGUAUUGUACCUGAACAAGAUCAUUGCGAUGUUUCCGACAUGAGCAAUGGUGAAGAACCAACUCCCCGUUCCUUUUCCAAGCCUUUUAAAAAUAGGCCAUCCAUGAAUCGACCCAAAUUAUACCCAGUUCAUAGUUCAGAUACAUCCAGAUUCCCAACAUUGGAGAGACUUGAAAACUCGAUGCUUUUAUCCAAAAACUCAAAAAUGAUUAUUGAGCCCGUCUUAUUUCACGGUGAAAAUAGCAUCAGCAAUAGCAUAAUUGCUAAUAGUAAAAAAGGAGGGUCACAGAGUGAUGCCAAAAGUAUACAUUCCACCAAAUCUACCUCUACAAUUCGAAAAAAGAGACAGGUUAAAAAAAAGAAUCUGUCUACUCCAACCGAAAUAUUUGCUCGAAACCUGAGUGAGGCUGUAUCUGAUUUUGAUGAUUCGUUGGAUGACGGAUAUGUUUACAAUACCGCAAAUGGAGGAGGAGGUUUGUACCCAGCAUUAUUAUCACCGCCAGCCAUUAAUUCAUUUGAAACAUCAGCCAGUUGUAAAAAUGAUCAGGACCACAGCUACUUUUCAGAUCACCAUCAUCAAAAGUUUCGCAGACCUGGUUUACGUUCAACUGUUUCGGAAUUACCAGCUAGAGGAGUCAAGUCUUUUUAUCUCGAUUCCAUGUCCUCCAAGUAUGAAAAGAAGAAUAUUUCGAAUAAACACCUUGGGCAUUAUCAGCCACAUUAUCGUUAUUCUUCAAGUGGGGAAGAGGACGAAGAAAAUGCGCCACUGUUGUAUUAUUCAUCAUCAUCGAGGUUAAAGACACGGUAUUUUAUAAAUAAUAAACCUUGCUGGUGUACGUGCAUAGGUAUUUUAUUUGUUUUGUGUACAUUGGUUGCCGUUAUGGUUUUGGCUAGUCCUUUAGAGUUUGUGGAGGUCACAUCUAUAAGUAAUGUGCUAGCAACUCAGAAGCAACUGAUAUUCGAUAUCCAUGUUAGAGCCAAAAAUUCAAAUAAUUGGAACAUACAAAUGUCACAUUCUGCUUUUAGUGUCUUUGCUGCAAGUCAUUAUGUUCCCAUAUCGGUAGUCAUGGGCAAUGAAACCGAAACUCGUGAUAUUACUACUAGUGCGAAUACAAGACAAGAGUACAUUGGGACUGUGAAUCGACUCGUUGAUCCUCUUACAUUCAAGUCGGCAUUUUAUUUCCGCUCAAAGACCAGUAAUUCAACAAGCCAAAUCCAAAUAAAGAACCCAGGUGAAACAGGAGGAGAUAUGACUGGAAACGAAAGAUGGUCUUUAUUAAUUAGGUACCCUUACGAACUUACCAUAAGAGGCGUACUGAAAUAUCAAUUAUUCCCAUCCUUUAUUUCUUCAAAAGUGUAUUCGGCAAGAGUUUGUAAAAUAGUUGAAAUUGAUCCUUCAUCGGGUGUCAUCAAAGAAGUUCCUCUUCCAGAACAAUCAAUAUGUGAUGAGUCAUAAUAAAGAAAGUGCUUUUUUUUGUAACAUGAAUUUAUCCAUAUUAAAAUAUCACUCCCAGAUAUCCUGGGUUUCUAUGGGGACCCCAUUUCAUUGUUGUGGUAUUCUCGGGUUGUCCACCUUCAGUAUUUUAAUUUAAC